AUCCUGCGGCUCAGAGCAUCCAGAAAGGUCCAACUCGAUCUCUCUGGGAACCUCCCAGACUUCCUGGAGAGCACUGUGCACAUCAGAGCAGACCCCUCCUGGCGGGUGCUGCCCGUGCCCCCCAGACUCCAGAAGAGACAUGUGGAUGUAGGAGACACAGCCCCCUGUGAUACCCAGCGUUUCAUCAGGGCCCUGCAGUCCACCGCACAAGGCAUACAGGUCGACUUUGAUGAUGGAAACUGCCCCACAUUUCACAACCAGAUCAAGGGCAUCCACACCGUGGUGCAGGCGGCGAGGAGCCUGCUGCCAGAUGUUCCUCACAUCUCAGAGGCCCCGGUGCUGAUGCUGCGCCCCCGUGCCUGGAACAUGGUGGAGCACAACAUGAUGGUGGCGGGUAAAGAGGUUCCCGGUCCCCUCUUUGACUUUGGGCUGCUCAUGUUUCACUGCGGCGUGACUCUGUUCCAGAACCAGAGUGGACCCUUCUUCUACCUGUCAAAA